GCAUAAUUCAUCAUGUCCAGAGGUUCAUAAUAAUUUGCAAUUCCCGAGAAGGUAAAUUACAGGAGCACCGAUGGAAUAUCAAGUCUUUGGUCUUCCUCGGUUCAUCAACAACAUCAUAGGAGCAUCGAUCGAGUAUUUCCAUCUAAAUCUUGUCCUCAAUGCCAUGUGCUUUCUUCGAUCAAUCAUCCAAUAUUUUAGAUCAAAGACAACACGGGGACUACUGUUUACGCGUACAAUAGACGAAAAAAAAUGAGUGAUGCCUUUUUCGCUGAGUUUGCCUUCAAAGAUGAAGCUGCUGCUUCACCUGUGAUCGCAAAAAAGAAAGCAGCGGCAAAAGCGACUAUGGACGACGUGCAGCAAUCUUCGAAGGCAGCAUUGGAUAACACUGAUAAAGCCACGAAGAUGCUAUCAAAAGCUAAGGUGAGGAACCGUGGUGGCGAUCGAGAGGGAGUAGCUCUUGAGAAAAUCAUACCCUUUGUAGACUACAAGGCGCCAUCCAAUGGGUGUCGGGAACGAUGGGCACAGAUCUGCGAUGCGCACUUUACUUUAAGGCUCAAUACAAUUCAUUUCUAUUAGCAUUUUUCUUGUAGUGUGAUCUAGUUCCGGUAAGAAUCUAUUUGCGUCUCUUCCGCGGGUCGGGAAAGUUCAUCUUUAGCUCCUCAACAACCUACGCAAAACUUCGCCGAUUUCUCACUCUUUCCUUCGUAGCAGGAUUGGGAGAAGUGCAGGCAGUAUGUGAAUUGUUUUGAUCCUGUGUGAAGACCUAGCAAAGGCAUCCUAUCCUGUCCUAUCAUAUCCUAUCCUAUCCUAUCCUAUCCUAUCUAAUUACUGCGUCAAAGGACUGCUUUUGCUAUCAAGAGCUUCCUCUGCGGUUGCUAUUUCUGGGUUUGAAUCCGAGCGAGGGAGCCUGGGAGUCGGGACUGUCCUAUGGUAAUCCGAGCAACCUAUUCUGGCGGAUUUUGGUAGAAACCGGUCUUGUUAGAUUGAGUACAGCGCAGAAACGAGCGGUAGAUGCGAAAUUCUGUGACGCGCUUACCGUGAUACAAAAUACGCUUCCAGGGAGAGAAUACUUACGGCUAUUUUAUUCAUCUUGAUGAGGUACUCAUAUUUCAUCAAAGGAAUCCCUCCCAGCUCUAAUUUGGUUGUUGUACUACGGGAGAUUGUAUAUAUUUCUUCUGUAGUAUGCACUUGCAGAACUGCGACUGCUAUUUACUAAUAAGGAUAUAGGCACCUCUGUACUAGGUAACAAAGGUAUUAAUAUCUCUAAGAUAUCGUUAUGGCUUUUCCGAUUUGGGUUGCCGGGAGGCAGGUAACGAUGCGGCAGAGUAUACGACAACUCUUUUAGGCGAUGUGUGGUAUCCCGACUUUUGUAAGAGGGCGCUUGCUCAUGUUCAUCGCGUGAGAAACUCUCAUCCUGCGACAACGACUAAAAGGACGAAGGAAGAUGUGGACGAUUCAAACGUUAAAGAUAGGGGUAAGAGAUUGCGACCUUCUUCCACCGAUGCUGAAGACGAUAGUGGAGCGACCAAUGCUGGCGCUAGCACGAAGAUGAGCCCGAGUAGCAAGAAGAUGAAGACUACCAAUGGUUGUACUUUUAGCACGAUGAGUCCCUGGAGCAAGAAGUUGAAGAGUGGAGGGGCGAGUCAAGGAGUGCCGAAAACUCCUCUUUCUGAUGGGAAGGCGAAAAGCGGCAAACUUCUGUUCGCAGACGUCGUAGACGUAGAGGACUGCGAUCCACGUGCAAGAAAAGCGUUAAAGUUAUGUUGACACGUGGUUAAUUAGACUACACGCAAUCUUGAAAUAAGCGAGUAACUCAAACAAUAACCGAGUACUUGAGAUUAUCAUCUAGGCCACUCGGUUAUUUCGAAUAUUAGCGGCUCUUCCGAGGAACAAGAGACACUACGUCACUGAAUGGCCCUACAUGUAGAUGCGAAAUGCUCCAAACGAGGUACCAUGCUAUGACAUGGAUUUGCGUAAGCUAUCAUUGUACGUCGUGGAGCGAGCUAGAUUGAUAGAAAUAACUUUAGAUGAGAUUGGUGGCUACAUUGAUAUGUCGUUUGAUGAGUUGUAAGCACACACAUAGAGUAGCAGCUAGAUUGUUACGUUGCUACGUAAGUUGUACGUGCUCGUCCGAUAUUGUCCGAUAUUUAGAAAUAGACACUCAACUCUGGACACAGGAUCAGAAUCCGUUUGUACAUUUAUUCAUCUCGUCGGAAGCUAGUACAACAGGAGUACUCGUCGUUAUGUCUAUUUUUUCACCCUCUUCCUAUUUCAUCCUAUGCGAGUGACUUCGACAAUUCACCCUCUCAUUCCGCGUCGUGUCUAUUUUUUCACCCUCUGUCUUCCUAUUUCUUCAUCUUGUGCGAGUGACUUCGAAAACUACACGGGACCAACGUUGGUCGCCUUUACAGGCAAGAAGCAGUUUUUGGCGUUGCUGGAGUCGGCGGGGGAGCCGUCAUCGAAGAAGAAGUUCGAAUACGGAUUGCAGAAGGGCAUUAAACUGCUCAAUUGGCCUUUCUUAUGUUAUAACUGACUGUAAUACUACUUACUGGUCAUCUUCUAUCUUUGAGAUGAACCUUUGUGCAGGUAUGAUUCAAUGUUUGUGAGUCCACCUGUGUAAAAUCGCAAUCUGUUGGUAAUUCAUGAUGUUCUGUCUCUAACAAGCCAGAGCCACAACAUAAGUCUACGUAUAGCUAGAAGGUUAACUAGAAGGUGGGAAUUGAGCAGAUCUUGACUCUUUUCUUGCUUUUUUUCGUCCUUGUCCUCACUCAAUUUAUCCACGAUACGAGUAAAGGCACACGGAUAUUACUACAGCUAACCGGGCUACUUCGGAUUACCUUCUAGGGAAGAUGAAUAGCGGUCCUCUAAUUUGUCCAAACUGCGAAUUCUGGGCUUUGCCAUCGACUAGCGGCAGAGCAGUACUGACAAAAGAGCAAAGGUUUGGACCCUACAGGGAAUUGAGCAAAAGACUGGCGGAGCUGGGUUGAUUUUGUUUUUGUUAUCUCGGUAGCUGCUCGACCACUAUCCGGGUCACACCAGUAGAAAAACGAGUCGUGGCACAGAACAACACUACAAACGACCAAUGCGCGUUUUACCUCUUUUAUAAGGUCAAGGCUUAGGUCCAGCGACGCUCAAAGCACAAAAGUAGAACAACCGGGCAGCUUUCCCUCUAUAAUCUUAGGCUUGUCCCUUCAAACGACAAAUACGCGCUUUCAAGAAAGCCCCUUCCAAGGAUACUCUUACUCUCAGUGAGAAAGAUGCGGACGCGGUAGCUCUAAUAUUGUGUCUAUUGCCUUAGACAUUUUUUAACGCAUGACUAUAAUUCUUAUCCCGAUUUCGAUCCCAAGAUCCAGAUGACGGAGCGAGGAAACGGCUGACAGCUUUCGUAGGGCUGAGCGAUCCUGAUGUUUGUGCGUCACGUGAUUAGAAUUACAAAACUCCGACGAACAAGUAGUUUAAUGGGGGGCUAUAAACCUUCACCCUGCUGACGAUGUCAAAGCUGCAAGUGGAUGGAAAAUGAUCAUUGAUUUGACUUGAAGAACGAGAGAAUCAUAUUGGUUUGCUUAUAUAACGAU